UGUCUUGCUCUUCUUCUUCCUCCCGACCCCUACAACCCGACAAGCUCCCCAGCUACCGCCACCCAUCUCCGACCGGGAACACCGGUAAAGCUUGGAGAUUUCUCCUCCUUUUCUUGUUCUAGAACACCUAUUAAACCCAGAAUUUUCCAGAUCUACUCUCUUCCCUCUGCCGCGAGCUCCCUGUAGCUGGGUGGGUGAAAUUUUCGGUUAUUUGGUUCUUCUCCAAUUCCCACCAGCCUUUAAACCCGCCAGGCUCGGUUUGGCUUGCCAGAAUUCUCUGGUAUGAAACAGCUUUUAAAGCUGAAUUUUAAGCCAUUUAAUUAUUGCCAUGCUGAGUUUUAAUGGUUGAAUUGCUGCCUUAUUGUUGUCCAAAUUUUCUGCUGGGAAUAGGAGGGGAUUCGGCAGUAAAUGGGACCAUGAUUUUACUUAAUUCAUGUAGGAGUUAGUUUAAGUAGGCUGUUGUGAUGUUCUGGAGAGAAAAUCCCGUGUGUGUGAGUUGUGGUUUGCCAAAGCCAUUCUCUACAUGUGCUGCCCGUGAGAAAUGGGAAAAUUUUAUGUGUAUUAUGCAAAUAUAUAAAUGCACAAUUGUUUUUGUGCUCGAUUUCGUAUAGAAAAAUGAAUAAAUAAAUAAAUAUGGUAUUAUGGGGAUUAAUGACUGGGAAUAAUAGAAAAGGAUUGAAUGUUUAGUUUAAUAUAAUAACAAAUUUGGAGAUGUCUGGUCAUGUGGAGACUGAUAGAAAGAGCAUCAUGAUUACGGGUUUAGCAUUGAGAUCGAGUCUUCGAUUUUAUGCAAGUGAGGUAAGUAAAGUAUGGUAACGUCCUUCGAUUUCAAAGCAUAUUUUAAAUUGUUUUUGAGAUGAUGGCAAGGUUUAAAUUGAUUUUAUUAGCACUGAGCAUGAUUGGUUUGAAAUGAAAUUGUUUUCAUUUGCAUUGAGUAAAGCAUACCUAUUUGGAAUUUAUUGAACUACCCUGAUGAAUUGAGAAUUUUGUAAAUUCUGAUUUUUCCUAUUAAAUCCAUGCUUACAUGGAAAUUUUUCAGUUUAUUUCUGAAAUUUGAGAUUGAUUGUGAAUUACGGAUUUUUUAUAAAUCCUAUAUGGUUUUGUCUUUGAUAUAGUCAUGAUUACUGACGCCCGUCAGUGGGAGUUUGCAAACGUUGACACAUGUCGACAUGUUUACUGAUAUGACUGGUUCAUUCUGUAAUCCUGCCAAUGGGCGUAUACAUUGGUAAUUACUAACACCUGCCAGUGGGAGUUUGUUAAACACUAGUAAUUACUAAGGCCUGCCAGUGGGAGUUGUUAAAUACUGGUUAUUACUGACGCUUGUCAGUGGGAGUUUGUUAAACACUGGCCAUAACUUAUAGAUGAGACUACUACUGACUUUUCUUCUGCAUUAACGGUUUGUCAUUGAAUGUUUUGCUAUUGAACUAAAUUUGAUUCUGAUUCUACAUUAACGGUUUAUCACUGAACGUUUUGUUAUGUUAAACUGUUUAUCAGGCAUGCUAAAAUUUUACCCAAUGGCUCUCCAUAUUUAUUUACUGAAUUAUCUUAAAGUUUUUUCCUUGUUCACCAUUUUAGGAAGCAAAGUCAAGGACGGGAAAAAAUAAGGGGAGCGGCAAGUUAGAAAGCUAGCCAUCUUAUAAAUUGAACAUAGAUUU